AGAUGCAUUUUUCUUACUCUCGCCAUUUUUGGUUGCCUCCCACCAAUGAGCUUUUUAAACGAGCUUUGAUAUUACUUGGGAAAUUCAAACGACACUCGUCGUGCGUCGGUCUACUCGCGAGGGUAGCGAUUUUCUUAAUUUCGUGAGAAAAGUAGAAAAACAAAAACCGUCAUCAUGGACGCAAUUAAAAAGAAGAUGCAAGCGAUGAAGCUUGAAAAAGACAAUGCAAUGGAUAAAGCUGAUACAUGUGAGGGACAAGCUAAAGAGGCAAAUAUGCGUGCUGAUAAAGUACUUGAAGAAGUUAAUGAUCUACGUAAAAAACUUCAACAAGUUGAGAGUGAUCUUGUAACAAACAAGGGUAAUUUGGAUCAAGCCAACAGAAAUCUUGAAGAACGUGAAAAAUCUCUCACAAAUGCUGAAUCUGAAGUUGCUGCAUUAAACAGAAAAGUACAAUUGAUUGAAGAAGAUCUUGAAAGAUCCGAGGAACGUCUCAACACUGCAUCAGUUAAAUUAGCUGAAGCAUCUCAAGCUGCUGACGAGUCUAGCCGUAUGUGCAAAGUAUUGGAAAACCGUGCUCAACAAGAUGAGGAACGAAUGGAUCAAUUGACAAAUCAACUCAAAGAAGCACGUUUACUUGCUGAGGAUGCUGAUGGUAAAUCAGAUGAAGUAUCACGUAAAUUGGCCUUUGUUGAAGACGAACUUGAAGUUGCUGAAGACCGUGUAAAAUCCGGUGAAGCAAAAAUCAUGGAAUUGGAAGAAGAACUUAAAGUUGUUGGUAACAGUUUGAAAUCUUUGGAAGUCUCAGAAGAAAAGGCAAACCAAAGAGUUGAAGAAUUUAAACGUCAAUUGAAAACAUUGACUGUCAAAUUGAAGGAGGCUGAAGCACGUGCUGAAUUUGCCGAAAAAACUGUCAAAAAACUCCAGAAGGAGGUUGAUAGACUCGAAGACGACUUGUUCCAUGAGAAGGAGAAACACAAAGCUAUUGUAGACGACUUGGAUUCGACAUAUGCUGAGCUUACUGCCUACUAAAAAUUAUCUCACAAAACUAGCAAAAAAAAAAAAAAAAACAACAACAUCAACAAUUAAACAAACAAAUAACAAAAAAAAAUUAAAUCAAAAAUCUAUACCUAACACGUCUAACAUUACUAUCUCAACUUUCUUCUUUUUAAAACAAAAAAAAAACUAUAUUAAAAAAAAAAAAAACACCUCACUUAAA